CAUUAGACUAUGGCUACUCGUACUCUUCUCUAGCUUUCACUGCACUCUCUCGCUCACUGCACUCUCUCUAGCUCUCUCCCUUAGCUAGUAAGCUACCUUUGAAAGAGAUGGGGAUGCUGUCAGGAAUUUCCCGAUGCUGUAGGAGGAUUUACAAUCCAUUCAGAGCAUUCUGUCUACCUGUCCUAUCACUAACAAGAAGUCCUGGUGGGCGUCAUAUGGACUGGUGCUCUGCAUUCUUCUCUCCUGUGCUAGAGAAAUGCGAGAGAGGAGUGUACUUCGUAGGAGUGUUUUGCUUCAUCCUGGUACUGUGCGGUAUCUCCAUGGUUGUCGGAACCUACUACAUCUGUGUCGUCCCCUUCCUCUACGCUACACAACACCCUCUCAUGUUCACACUCUAUGUGAUCUACGGUCACUAUAUCCUGGUUAUGAUCUGCUUCAAUUACUUCAGUGGUGUGUGCACAAGUCCCGGUAAAGCCCCGAGGCCUGUGAACUUUGAUCCCAACAAGGAUGAAGUGAAGAAAGGGUGGAGGAUUUGUCGCACGUGUAAGGCUCCCAAACCGCCUCGUGCCCACCACUGUAGGAUAUGCAAUGCUUGUGUCCUUAAAAUGGAUCAUCAUUGUCCGUGGAUGUUCAACUGCAUAGGUCACUACAACCAUCGCUACUUCAUGAUGUUCAUCGUCUCCAUGUGGCUAGGGACCCUGUUUGUCGUCAACAGCGGGUGGUCACGCAUCUACGUUCUUCUUGACAUCAGAUCGGAGUUCAUACAGAGCAUUGUGGACACCUUGGGCAUGCGUUCCAGUGUCAUAUUGGCAUCAGAGUACCCUCGCGGCACCUCUGGAGAAGCCACAAUGCUGUGUUUACAGUGGUUUGUGUGUCUGGGGGUUAUAGUUGCACUCUCCAUUCUGGGGGGCUGGAACAUGUUCCUCAUAUCCAUAGGGGUCAAUACGAUAGAGUUCUAUACCAAUAAGAGGGAUGCCAGGGAAAUGAAGAAGGAAGGAAGGGUGUUUGUGAACCCUUACUAUUACGGCGUUGUCACUAACUGGGUCGUGUUCCUUGGAUUGCUGGAAGGAAGAUCAUUCUUUCGUCACAUUCUCCUCCCCUCAUGGCACAAGCCCACUAGCGACGGUAUGGAUUGGAGCAAAGACGCUGUUUUUAGAUACAAAGACAAAAUGAGAACUAUUCCAGUAUAGCCAUUAUUUUCCAUAUUUUUUUGUAUCGAUUGAUUUUUUGUGUUUGUGUGAAUUAUUAUAGCAAUAAAAAAAACUUUUACAUCAAUAAAAAAAUAAUUAUGUGCAGUUAA